UACCCCCAAUGUGCCUCAACCAAUAUGGCUGUCGCGACUUGACAUUCGGGAGCUACGAGGGUGGGUUUCCACUUACAAAGCCCACUGAACAGGCCAGCCUCACACUAUGCUUGUGUCAUCAACUCAAUUGACAAAUUACGGACAAACAAAAUCAGCAAUUGCCGGGAUUCCUGGGCCCUCCGUACGGUGACUAAUAGGCCCGCCGAACCACGUGAUGGCAGUUGGUUGCUAGGCAGGAGCGGCCCCUGGUUACCUGCGCCCAUAAUGCAGCGGGGCGACAUCACCGGGAGAAAGAUGGGGGUCAGCAAACAGGUUGCAUCAGAUAAUGAGAUACGAAAUACUAUCUUGUUUAAUGUAUCGAAAAAUGAAAGUGGAGGUUACAAGUCUCUACAGAAAAGACUGAGGACCAGCUGGAAAAUACAAAGUUUGAAAGAAGACAUUACAGCAGAAAAACUGAUAGGGGUGAAGCUCUGGAUCACUGCUGGGCCCAGAGAGAAGUUUACAGCUGCUGAGUUGGAAGUACUCAAGCAGUUCUUGGAGAAAGGUGGUGACAUUCUGGUGAUGCUGGGAGAGGGAGGAGAGACCAAAUAUGAUACCAAUAUCAACUUUUUUCUUGAGGAGUAUGGCAUAAUGGUAAACACAGAUUCCGUUGUAAGAAAUGUUUACUACAAAUAUUUCCACCCCAAGGAAGCACUUAUCUCCAAUGGAGUGUUAAACCGAGAGAUCAGUAGAGCGGCUGGGAAGAACGUAUCUGCAGUAAUGGAUGAUGAGAGUGCAGGAAACCAUUCACAGGGCCUGACGUUCGUUUACCCAUUUGGGGCCACUCUAAAUGUUAUGAAGCCAGCAGUGGCUAUUUUGUCCACAGGAUCAGUUUGCUUCCCACUGAACAGACCAAUCAUGGCUUUUCGCAAUUCCAAGACACAUGGAGGCAAACUUGCUGUGGUGGGAUCCUGUCACAUGUUUAAUGAUCAGUAUCUGGACAAAGAAGAAAACACAAAGAUCCUAGAUGUGCUUGUGCAGUGGCUCACUACUAAUGACAUCAAGCUGAACCAGAUUGAUGCAGAGGCCCCUGAGGUUUCAGAUUACACCAUGCUUCCUGACACCAACAAACUAUCCCAGCACCUGCGGGUCUGUCUGCAGGAAGGGGAUGAAAAUCCUCGGGAUUUCACUACACUGUUUGACAUGAGCAUCUAUCAGCUGGAUACUUCCUCUCUAUCCAAAGUCAUAAAAUCCUAUGAGCAGCUCAGUGUGAAGCAUGAGACCCUACAGCUUAUCCAGCCACAGUUUGAGACUCCCCUCCCUGCUCUGCAACCUGCUGUAUUUCCUCCUUCAUUCCGGGAGCUUCCCCCACCAGCCCUCGACCUCUUUGACUUGGAUGAGAAUUUCUCUUCUGAAAAAUCCCGCCUAGCACAGAUCACGAAUCGAUGCACAGAAGAUGACCUUGAGUUCUACGUACGGAAAUGUGGUGAUAUUUUGGGGGUAACUGGAAGCCUACCAAAGGGGGAACAGGAUGCCAAACAUAUUCUAGAACACAUUUUCUUCCAGGUCGUUGAAUUCAAGAAACUUAAUCAGGAACAUGACACGGAUACAAGUGAAACAGGGUUCCAGAGCAGGUGAAACUCGCCCAAUAACCCUGAUGCCGGCUCUGCGUCCCAGAGAAGAAAACCGCUUUCAAAUAUUUAUUCAUAUUUUUAUAUUUUUUUCUGUUUGCAUUUCUUUCUGUUGAUUUGUGUAGAACAUUGUAAAUAUGUUAUUUUGUAUGUUGAAGGUACAUGUUCUGUACCACACAAUAAAUUGAUACAUAAUACAUCUGAA